CGGCAGUCGGGCUGCAGGAGGCGGAAUGUCCCAGGGAGGGAGUAGGGAUGUGUAGCCACACGCAGCCCCUGGCAGCCGGCCUGAGCGUGCACGGCAGCAGCAGUAGCGGCGGCUGCUGCAACAGCAGGCAGGAGGAGCAGCAGGAGGAGCGGGGAGGCUAGCAGGCAGCUUCGCCGCGCCUCCCGAUCCCCCCGUGCCCGGGCAGGGCAGGGCAGGGCAGCCCCCCUUGGCCGAUCCCCACGCUAGUCUCCGGACAAGCGGGAGGGCGGGCAGGCAGGCACACCCCCAGGGGAGAGGAAAAGAGCCGUCGCCGCCGCGAUCGCCGAGGUGACUAUCUCGGUGGGGCCACGCUGACCAUGCUCAGGAGCUUCUGUCUUCAGCUCAUGUCCUUGCUUUGGAUCCUGGUGGCCCAUCACCAUUUUACACAAGGUGAUGACUGCAGUGACCACUGUAACUUGGCUCAUGGCAGCUGCGAAGAGGACGGCAAAUGCAGGUGUGACCAAGGCUGGGAAGGGAAAUAUUGCGAACAGUGUGUGAGGAUGCCAGGCUGUAUCCAUGGGACGUGCCACCAACCCUGGCAAUGCAUCUGUCAAAGUGGCUGGGCUGGCAAGUUCUGUGAGAAAGAUGUGCAUGUCUGUGAGCACCAGGCACCAUGCCAGAAUGGAGCGCAGUGUGUCUACGACCGAGAUGGAGAGUAUUCUUGCUUGUGCCUUGAAGGAUUCCAUGGAAAGGACUGCGAGCUGAAGACAGGGCCAUGUGAGAAGGCAGGGUUUCCAUGCAAGAAUGGGGGACUGUGCCAGGAUAAGAAUGGCUUUGCUAGCAACUACACUUGCAAGUGCCUAGCAGGAUUCAUUGGCACACAUUGCGAGAUCAAUACAGAUGACUGCCUGAUGCGUCCCUGUGCCAAUGGUGCCACCUGCCUCGAUGGCAUUAACCGCUUCUCCUGCCAGUGCCAGACUGGCUUUGAAGGGCGUUUCUGCACCAUCAACAUUGAUGAUUGCAUCAGGCAGCCAUGCAGGAAUGGGGCAAAGUGUUAUGACCGCAUCAACGAUUUUGAUUGCUUGUGUCCCAAGGGCUUUGCUGGCAAAACCUGUGAGCUCCUUGCUCCAGAGCCAACAUGGGUCACUGCAUUUCAGCCUGAUCACAAGGGGCACAACGGUGCUGUGAAAAGCACAACUGCCAGCAACCCUUGGACAACCCAGUCUGAGCCGAUCAGAGUUGUGGUUACUGGGAAGCGAAUCACUAGCUACAGUGAGAAAUCAAGUGGGGGAGGGCUCUUAAUCUCCGUUAAAGAAGUGGUAACUCAGCAGGACUCAGGGCUGAGUCAGCCGCAGCUGAUUUUAGUGCUGGUCUUUGGGCUGCUCACUGCCAUCUUGGUCUUGGUAACUGUGUUGCUGCUGCUGCUGAAGAACUGGCGGAAGGGGCGCCGGAGGUGCCAAAGCCCCUCGCAGUCUGCAAGGAAACUUCAGGACCAAGAGUGCCAAGUGGGCAUGCUAAGUACAGUCUUGCUGGAACCCAGGAAAACAACAGAGCUGUAAGGACCCCAGAGUCGGAGCCUGGCUGACCUCUGUACACCCACCAAUGAUUCAAGGAAUCCUUCAAGCUGUGUCCUGGGGCUGUUAGCUGUGCAUCUCCAAAGCACUGAGGGCUCUGAUCGAACUUAAGGUAGUGAAUUGCCGGGAAACAGGAUGUCCACGAGGCAGCAAAACCUUGUUUGAAAGCAGAGUCCUUGAAUGCAUAAAACUUCAGCCACUGGCUUGGUGACAGCAACUCAUCGAAGCGGCCAAGAAAGUGCUGGGUCGGAUAAACUCAGCAUUGGAAACAGCAAGCAAGGAAGAUGGGUGGAUGUCAUCCUGCAUGCUCUCAAACGGAAUUGCUAGAAUGAGGCGAAGUGUGCCUGAACAGGUUGUAGGAGCUGAAACUUGGCUAGGCCCUUAGGCAUCUGGUAACUCUUGGUCAGAGUCACUGGAGGUGUCACAUGGCCUGUUUGUUUACUGAAGGGGGCUUAGAAACUGCUCUGUGUAUGCCCCCCUGCCACGUCCAUAGAGCUCUGGCACAGACUAUAUGGGAUUCCCCAUUCUGCCUAGAGGCCUUAUGGCCUGUUUUCAAACCCCUUAAGCUCUCCUGAGGACCUAGUGGUGCCAUGAGCCAGUUUGCUGACUACAUUGUGUCUAUCUUUACCAUGCCCUGUCUUGAUCUGACAGCAAAUGUUUGGAACCUCUAAGGGAAAACUUUUCUCUUUUCUCCCACCCAAAGUUUUAUUAGUAUCCUAAUUUCACAUCAUGCUUCCUUUACCAAUCCAGCACCUCAUUUUCUCAGCUAUGGUGUCAAGAAGGGGCAAAAGCAAACAUGAAACCAGUUUCCCUUUCUCAGUCUCAGAUAAUCAGCCUGAGACGACUCGCCUGCCAGGAUAGAAACUGAUGUGUGUGAAAGUGGAAAUGUGAGGGCUGGAUUAUUGUGUGGCAGUCCCAAUUCCAAGGACUAAUGUCUGUGAGAGGACAAACUUGGGGAGUGAACCAGAAGCAACCCUGAUAGCACUUUUCAGUAGCACAUGAGGGUUUAGGCUCCUCAUGCAGGAGUAGGGUGAGAGCUAGCGCCAGAACCUGUGGUAGCUUUUGUGUAGAUAAAAAAGUUAUUGAGCUGUGCUGAUGAUAUGAGGCAAAGAGUAUGCUUUUGAGGAUGUAAGAGUACCCCCAAACAUGUUUGUCCUAUUUUUUCGAACACUGUUUCCCCCCACUGCCCACUGUUCCUGUGAGACUGACCAUUGGUCUAUCUAGCUCAGUAUUGUCUACACUGACUGGCAGUAGCACUUCAGGGUUUCAGACAAGGGUCCUUCCCAGCCCUACCUAGAAUUGGCAGGGAUUGAGCCUGGAACCAUUUGUAUGGAAUCAUGCUCUGCCACUGAACUAUAGCUUUUCUCCUUCCAGCUCACAGUUGGUGAUGUCAUAAAACAAAUCAUAUUUAGCUAAGUAUCAGUGAAGGAAAGAAAGACCGUCAAAAUGUGCAUUUGCAAAAGUGAUGGAAUGCGCAUUCAUAGACACAUUCAGUGGAGGGCAAAAUAUUUUGGACAGAUGCUGUCCACACUUGAAUGGAUAUUCUGAUGCACAGCAAAAUGUAGUUGUUAUCUAUGCAUACUGUUGCUCCCAACUCAGUGCAGCCUUAGGUCUGUGCAGAUAGACUGGGUAGAAAUGCCCACCUGAUGGGUGGUGGUUGCGAUGCUUUAGUUGGCCCUGUCUCUGACCUCCAUUUUUAAUCAAAACUUCUGCAGAGAGCUUAUGUACCUACAGAUCCAUGUAUAGGCUCACAAGAGGCAGUUUGUGUCCUCCAACAAUGGAAGGUACAAAUUGUGCAUUCAGAGACUUGUUUUGGGCUCUAGGCACAUAGUCCCCUGUGCAAUAGUAAUGAUCAACAGAGGUCACAAGUGUUGCCAAUAGGUAGAACAGCAUUUCAACCUGGGGUUGGAUCAAGGUUUCAGACCGAGGAUAAUGCAGCCACAGCAGAUGUCAGCCUGGUUCCCAAGUCAAAGGGGAUCUGUUCCUUCUGCUGCCAUCACUCCCUUUUGAGUGAACUCCAGCCUAGAAAAAUUACCAAGAAUGGUGGAUGCUCUUGAGAGGCAUGAAAAUGUUCGUAAAAUCUGAUCCCCACCCUGUUUCAGCUCAGCCUUUAAAUCUCCUGUUGAAACAAUAAAAACACAACUGGGUCCGAAGGAGGAGGUAUACCAGAAAGAUUAUUUUUGUAAUACACAGUUGAUGAAUGGUGUAACUUUAUAAAAUAAAUGCAAGAAGUAAAAUAUAAGAACCAGCACCUCCCUGCCCCCUCUGCAGACUUCAGCUGUCUUAGAUUAUGUCGCUCCUCAUGUUGCCCCAUCAUGAACCAUUGGGCCCAUCUCCAAACCACAAUGGUUACCCUCUAAUCUCAGACCCUGAUCUGCCAGAAUUGCUAUUCUCUUUGGCUCACUAUCAGCCCUAAGAGAGAAUGGUGGCCUGUCUACCAAGGAAAUAUGGAUGCCUAAAGAAGGAUAAUAAGUGUUUGGAGAGAGUGGGCUGCCAUUUUGAUCUACUCUAGAAAGUCAGGGGGAAUUGGUCCAAAGGCGGUUAGAGUAUUAAAAGCAACAUGCUUUUGGGAGGGCAGAGUCAUUUCCAUUGCAUUUUUCCCUGUACAGGCUGCUUUUGUUUUAUUUUAAAUUUAGUUUUAUUUUAAGCAGAGAAAGAGAGCGACUUAGUGAAAGCUAGCCAGUAUGAAGCAUGUCUUAAGUGUAGGGUGUGAAGCUGCUUCUCCCUCCUUGCCCUGGUCAAACCCAACAUGGCUUUUGUGGCUCAGUGUGGGUGGCAAGAGGGCAGUGAAGAAAGCUUCUAGUUACAAUUGGCAUGACAUGAACAACGUGUGUGGGUGUCAUCUGUUCAAAUCUCUGCACAUUCUGAGGCAAGAUAAGCUUUUUGAGACCAAGCCUGCUACUCUUGCAGCAAUGGCUAUAUCCUUCGCUCUUCAGAUUGCCAUGCAAGAGAGUUAUACCAGUUCAAGAGUUACCAUUACAAGGAUUUUCUGGCUAAAUUGGCAGUAGUAUCACAGAUCUCUGUAGGAAGCAUCUCUGCCCUUUCUGUGUAGGGAAGAGUUGCAUUAGGAACAGAUGUGCUUUGCUGCACAAUCCUAUGCAUGUCUGCUCAGAACAGAAGGAAGUCCCAUUCAGUUCAAUGGGGCUUACUCACAGGUUAAUGUGUAUAGGACUAUAGCCUUAGGAUGCAUUUGCAUGGGCUCCUACUGGGAGCAAGGGCAGGAUACAAAUCUAAUAAAUAAAUAAAGGAAGGAAGGACGCUUAUGUAUGGGAUUCGGUAAUGUAGAGUUAAAAAUAUACUGUGUUGCAUUCCACCCCCUAUGGCAAGGGUGGCUAGCCUGUGGCCCUCCAGAGGUUGUUGAAUUCCGGCUCCCAUCAUCCCCAGCCAACAUGGCCAAUAGUCAGGGAUGAUAGGAGUUGUAGUCCACCAACACUUUCAGUGGGCCACAGAUUAGCCACCUGUGUCCUAUAGAAUGUACCACUCCCAGUAGCUUCUGCCCCGGAAACAACCAGGGCAUGAACUUGGGGCAGCAUGCAUCCUGUGUAUAUGAACGAAAUGUGCCAAAUGGGUGCAUCCAAGAUUAUUAUUCCCUUCCUCCUGCCAACCCAGGGCAGACGUGAUUUGACCUCUGUUUACAUUUGGAAGCUUUUGUAAACCAAAUAAAUGAGAGCACUUUCAGCAGGUGCAGGUGACUUUCCCAAUAGCAAUGGAGUGAUGCUGAGUUGUGCUUCUUUAUACAUUAGGCCUUGACUUUUAUUUCAUUGUAGGUAUCUGGGGCUCUCUGGAUGCAGAAAUAAUUCAUUGCUGAAGAGGUUGAAUUGAUGGAGCUGUGUUCCAUAGGGAAUGUUUCCUUUCUCUCUUGUGUACAUCUUUAGUAUAGUGAAGUACAUGAGUAGAGAAGUCCCUGGUUCAAAUGUCAUGUUGGUCAUAAACUCACUAAAGCACCAGAGGCCAGCCACUCUCUCCUACAAUAUGGGGAAUAAUAAUAGCCAAUACUUCACAUUUAUCGUAACAAAAACUGACAAAGUAAGUGCAAACACCCCAAAAUGGUUUGGCAGCCCCAUAACAGGCAGAUGUGACAUAGUCAAUGGUUGAGAUCCAGAAGGCCAUAUGGCAAGUCCCACAUGCAUGCUGGGGCUUGUGAUUCCUUUUAUUAGCUGCCUUGAAACCUGGGUGACUUUCCCAAGUGGCACAAAAAGCUGCUCUCCGUGGGAAAUAGUGAGAAAGAGUAAUGUGCAUGCCUAAAGCAACUGUCUGGGUCACAGCCUCUGGCAGAUAAAAAACAGAUCUGACAGAUAAAAAAGAAGGAAAUCUUUGGGACCGACCUAGGGUGCUUCCAGACGGCCUGUUUACUGAGCAUUCGUCUAAAUUUGCUUGUGGGGAGAUUAGAUGAUAUUGUGUCAAAGCAAGUGCUAUCCUUAUCCCACAUCGUCCAUUGCAUUUUCCUGUCACUUUAAUCAACUGUAAUGGUUCAACCUGAAUUUGUGAUUAAAUCCCAGCUGAAAAUAACAAGAGUCUGGAAACACCACUGGUUUGAAUUACAUAUAUGGUGAAGCUGAAACUGCACCAGCAAAAGCUGGAUUCUGUAGUCUGUCUAAACUCUGCAAAAUUGCUUUUCUUUUGUAUUUUUUAUUUUCCUUCUGCUGGACAUUCGAGAGUCAAAGAGCUACACAAGACACUGUUGUCAUCUGCCCUAGGAGUCCUGCUGAACCCCUACCCUGAUUUUUGAGACUUCCCCAGUUAUUGUCUUCACACGUUCAAGCUCAUCCUUGCAGAUUUGAGAAUCAAACUUUUGCUUCAAAACCCUCCAAAGCUGAGAUGCUCAGCAAGGAUGUGGCAAUCUGCGCCCAGUACCAAUAUCUUCACUUUUACUCUGAAAACACCGUAUAAAUACUUAACUUUGGAGCAACAGAAAAUAAGGCCAGACUGCAUAAGGGAAGAAAAGCAGCUAACAGGAGAUGGGCCAGAGCGGAGGAAAGCAAACAAGCAAAGCAUCUUCUGGAUAUGUCAGUUUGCUGUAAGGUUUUGUUAUGCUGGCU